AUCUCGAUUUCUCUCCCAGUUUAGAGCUUUUUCUGCAUUACAGGGAUUCUUCCACCGUUAAAGCCACUCUGAUCUUUUCUUUUCCCUCUGCCCGGGCUGUGCUCUCUUAUUCUUUGCUCUGGGCGUCUUGGUUUGCUCAAGUACGGUUGACUCUUCACCCCUCCUAGUCGAGUUCGGUACCGAGAAACAAAGGAGAAAAUCUCCGCUGCAAAACAAACAAGCCACCCACGCAUAUUCGCAGCUGCUUUCACAGCAGCUGGAACCGUAAUGGACUCGAUGAGGUCUCUCAAUACCUCGUUACCGAGUUCGACGCCUCGCCCGCCUUCGGAGCAGCUCCUCCAACAGUUCAGAACCGCUGCUCUCUCGGUCACCAACCUUUACAAGAAUGCCGUUUAUGCGGAAUCACAGGCGAGACAGGCGGGAUACCAGGAAGCCAUUGAAGACUUGCUGCACUUCCUCGACAGGGAAAACCUCGGGUUGACUGAUGGAGAGGGCUGGCGAGUUCGACAAUGGGCCACAGAACGGAGCGAUGGCCUGGCGCAUUCUAGCGAUGAUGAUGAUGCCGAGAGGACUCGGUGUACUACGCCCGCUGUAGCACGGAAAGAACCCUCUGAGUCGGAGGCCCCUCGACACCAGUCCAAACCCACGUCACCCCAUCGUGAAGAACAAGCCCCCGCCCAGCAACCGCCAUCCACCCCUGCCGCUCAACCAUCCGAACCGGUCAUUCUUGAUCGGCCUCCUCUCUUUACCUUUGCCGCCGGCCCGACUUUUCCCCAAGUUCACGAGCAAGAUAUGGACAUGCAGAACUCAGACAGCUCGAGCUCCUCACCGCAGAGCGACACGCCCGCCACGGUCUCGGUCUUAGCACGGAACUCUCGCCAGCAAAGCCGCCACGUCAAUUUGACUCGUCCAAGCCCACGAAACUCAACGCGCGAUUCUCCGGUCGGGAUAGGCUCAAAACGCAAGAAUAAUUUCCCCGACUUCUUUGACUUGUCCGGGUUGGGGAAUAACCGAGAUCUAUUUGGAGGCGGCAAACGAGGACGCUUUUGCUAGAGGUACGAUUUCCUCCUGCCUCGGGACGAACUUCAAUACGCCAUAGUCACGCAGCGGUUGUCAUUUCUAUUCUCUGGAGCAUAUAGUAGGAGUAUUGCACAUGGUUAUUUCAUUGCUUCCUUCCAUUUCUAUCCCUUUGGGGUCUUGAGACUUUUUUUGUAUCCUUCCUAUCUUCGUUAUCUUGGUUUAUACGCAUUAUAU